AAGAAAGAAAAUAUAUUUUAUGAAGAAAAUAUGGAAGAAACGACCAGCACAAGUACAUCAUCGAAAAAAAUAAAGCGAGAAAUUGAUGAUAAUCAACUUUUUAAAACGACAUUAAGCAGCUCAUAUCAAGAAGUGGACGAAUAUGAUAAAUUUGGCCAAUAUGUAGCCUUAGAAUUAAAAACUUUAAAAUCUGAUUUUAAUAAAGCAAGAUUAAAAAGUGAAAUAAGAAAAAUAAUAGUUCAGAUUGCGGAUGAAGAUUUGUACGAUAGUAUAAAUCCUUUGUCAUCUUCUAUGUCAAUGCCAUCUCCUUAAUUAGCAUGCAAUUUUAUAAAAAAAUUUACAUAUAUAUCAAUAUAUAAUUUAAUAAUGAAAAGUAUUUUUCUUAGACAAUAAUACAAUUUAGAUCAAUUAUUUUGUUUUUUUUUGUUUUUCUUUUUCAAAUAUAUUGUUAUUAUCUCAGAUCUUGUA